AUGAAGUACGCGACUCUGUAUUUGCUGGAGUACCUCGACUCUGCCCGUUGCGUCUACGACCCGGGAGCUGAUAAUGGGAAAAGGAUCUAUGGCGACUUCUGCUUCUUCAUCGACCUGAAAUCACAGAAUUUCUUCUUUGAGAGGACUGAAAUUCCAGAAUGCAGUAGAAAAACAAAGGCUGCUCCAGCAUUCGAGGACGUCCUGGACGCCAUUGGGUCCAGGGGCAAGUUCCAGACGAGGCUGAACAUCGUCUUCGUUUGCAUUGCCUCAUGCUUCGACAUGAUGAGUCUCAACGUGUUCUACCUGGCUAUGCAGACUCCUGAUCACUGGUGCUACGUCCCUGGCAGGGAGCUUUCAAACCUUUCGAUUGAGGAGUGGAAGAACCUCACCAUACCGAGGGAAGGGGCCUCGUUCAGCAAGUGCCUGAUGUACAACCAGAGUGAUGUGACAGACUCCGGCGGCAGCAGGGAACCUGUGAAGUGCCAGCACGGCUGGGAGUACGACGACACGUGGUUCUCCCUGACGGUGACGUCACAGAUGAACUGGGUCUGCGACAACCGGCAGGCCGUCAAUGACGUCUUGUUCUACUCACAGAUUAUUGGAGUGGCCCUGGGGUUACUGUUUGGCUACAUAGGCGACAUGUACGGCCGACGCCCCCAGCAGCUGCUGUGCCUUUCAGCCCACGUGGUCAGCAGAGUGCUGGUCGUCCUCGCUCCACACAUGCUGCCCCUCUUCAUCCUGGCGGCAUCCCUCGUGUCAGCUGCGGCUGGGCCCAUGGUGGAAUCGGUCUUGUCUGUUGCAGCCACCAACGGCUCCACGGUGCCGCCGUUCGCCUUGCAGGUGAUCCAGACCGUGGCCAAGAGCAAGACAGACAGGAGGGGCUUCCUCUGCAUCUUUUCCAGCUGGAACGUCUUCAGGAACACAGUAAUCCUCAUCGUUGCCAGGUCGGUGUACCUGCUGACUAUGUUCUCACCAGUGAUAGCGGUGAGCCAACUGAGUGCGAACCCUUUCCUGGGGAUAGUGGCUCAAGGGGCGGCCAUUUUCGCUGCCUUCUACGUGGUGAACUACUUUGGAGCGAGGUUCGGUCGCCGUUGGCCCAGUGCAGCCAGUGCACUCUUGGCCGCAAUGGCCUGUGUUCUCAUCUUCUGCCUGUUCACUGCACACGUCGAGGGCGCACCCGUCGUGAUGGGGACCUUGCUGAUGCAGUUCAGCACCACUGCCAACAUGAGCAUGACGAACCUGCAGAGCAUCGAGGUGCACCCCACGUGUCUGCGCCAGAUCGCAACCAGUGUCGAAUGGGCUGUCGCCGGGGUUGCCAUGUCUGCUCUGCCCUAUUUGGCGUUGAUGGAUGAGAAGCGACUUCCCUUCGCCAUCCUCGCAGCUCUCAACUUGAUGGUAGCGUUUUCGGUGUCGUUUCUGCCGGAAUCUGCGCUGCAGCGAUUGCCAGAGACGUUAAGGGACGGUGCCGUCUUUGGCAGAGGACAGCGCUACUGGAGCUGGAAACCCAAACCAACACCGGAGUACGCCAAGGGAUAAAAGAGUUCCAGAAGUUCCUUUUAGUUUAGAAUGAAUGUUAAGGCGACGCUGGCAAUCUUCGACUUCUGUUUACUGACGGUGCACAUGACUUGCGUUACCAACAUAAAAACCUAAACAGCCUACUUACACUAUCUACGAUGCCAUAAAGACUAAUUUAAAAGCUAAUAUCUUCACUCUCACAACCC